AUGUAUCUAUCGUUAUAUCUGACUCUCUCUCAGUCUGUCUAUCGAUCAAUCUAUUUGCGUCUUUUCUAUUUCGUUAUAUCUAUCUAUCUAUCUAUCUAUCUAUCUAUCUAUCUAUCUAUCUAUCCUUUUUUUCCAAUCAAUCUAGCUCAAUCCUUUUUCAUUCUGUCUAUCGAUCAAUCUAUUUGCGUUUUUUUCAUAUCUAUCUAUCUAUCUAUCUAUCUAUCUAUCUAUCUAUCUCCUUUUCAUUUUAUCAAUCUAUCUAUCUCAAUCCUUUUCUUUUUUUUAUCUAUCGUUAUAUCAAUCCUUUUUCAUGUAGUCUAUCGUUAUAUCGAUCUCUCUCUCAGUCUGUCUAUCAUCAAUCUAUCUAUUUUUCUAUAUCUAUCUAUCUAUCUAUCUAUCUAUCUAUCUAUCUUUCAUUUUCCAAUCUAUCUAUCCUUUUUUAUAUCUAUCGUUAUAUCUGACUCUCUCUCAGUCUGUCUCUCAGUCAAUCUAUUUCGUCUUUCAAUCUAUAUCUAUCUUUUUCAUCUAUCUAUCUAUCUAUCUAUCUAUCUAUCUCCUUUUCAUUUUCCAAUCUCUAGCUCAAUCUUUUUCAUGUAUCUAUCGUUAUAUCUGACUCUCUCUCUCACUCAAUCCUUUUUCAUGUAUCUAUCGUUAUAUCUGACUCUCUCUCUCAGUCUGUCUAUCGAUCAAUCUAUUUGCGUCUUUUUUUUAUCUAUCUAUCUAUCUAUCUAUCUAUCUAUCUAUCUAUCUAUCUAUCUAUCUUUCAAUCUAUCUGACUCUCUAUCUUUUAUCUAUCAAUCUAUCUUUCAUAUCUAUCUUUCUCAAUCUAUCUAUCUUUUAUCAAUCUAUUUUUCAUGUAUCUAUAUCUAUCUAUCUAUCUAUCUAUCUCUCAAUCUAGUAUCUAUCUAUUUUCUAUUUUCCAAUCUAGCUAGCUCAAUCCUUUUCAUGUAUCUAUCGUUAUAUCUGACUCUCUCUCAGUCUGUCUAUCGAUCAAUCUAUUUGCGUCUUUUUCAUAUCUAUCUAUCUAUCUAUCUAUCUAUCUAUAUCUAUCUAUCUUUUCAUUUUCCAAUCUAG